AUGGCGUCACCAUCGAGAAAGAGAAGCCACUCGGAGAUGGGACAGUCUGCUGGCAGUGUAGAAUCUCGCUCUCCAAGUAAUGACCUCUUUGACCAGGCGUACUACACGUUGGAAGUUCGGAGGAUACCACACCCAUUCACUGAGAUCGAUUGGGAGAACGAUCUUCAGCGACUGGCCUUGAAUGAGGGCAUCCGACUUCCGAGCAAGCUUGAGGAUACCGAAGUCGAGGCCAUUGACUCAUCAAUGUCUGGUGUUACCAUUACAUCCGACAACACUAAUAUGCAGUCAUCGAUAAUGUCCCAAUCGACCGCCCCAACCUCAUGUUCCUCGAGCGAACGUCGCCCUAUGACGCAAGGCUCCAUGGUGUCCGAGACUUCUGCCCCCGCCGUCCAGCCUUCAGUAUUGUCCCCAACUUCGUCAAAAAGAAACUCGGUUUUUCGCGCCCGCAUGCGCAAGAUCGUCAGACUGAAGAAGAAAGAGCAGGCUAGCGGAUCGCCAGCGAGCACAUCGCCCGAGGCCAGUGAUGUGGCGAGCCCCGUAGACAGUGAGGUACAGCUGCAGAAAGAACCCGUGGAAGACGCUCCCUCGAUUCGAUCCCAGAAAUCCGAAUGGUCAGGCGCUGCACUUCCGAAGCCCAGCUUUGACGCCGAGGUUGAUGCUGCGGCCCUCAAACAAAGCCCAGUCUGUCAGGAGAUGGUCGAUCGUCGAAAGGAGCAACUCGAGGAGCGCGACCGAUUCGUUGGCUACCGGAGAGCGCUACUGGACCAGCUCACUCAUGAGCGCGAAAAGGCCAAAAGUGAAAGAAAGGCGGUCCAGGAUGCUGCUCUCGAGGUUAAAGAGGCCAAGGAUCAGCAAGAUAUUGAUGAGCUGGAGAAUAAGCACUUGGCGGAAGAGCUCCGUAUGGCGGAGGAGCACAAGUUCAGAGAACAGAUGAUGAACAGCCGACUUCGCCGGAUCGAAAGAUUCGUGCACAACCCUACGCCGCCUCCCGCACAAGCCUACACAGCAUCGACAUCUCCAACAGGCGCCCCCGAGGACGCAUCCAGGAAGACGACACCAGACUUGCCUACACGCACAACAGGCCCCGCUGACUACAAUCAUCUUGCGGAGCAGUACCGCGAGCAGAAAAAUUUGGUCCACGUAAAUGUGGCUAAGAUCAACGUGCUCCGCGGUCACCAGCAGAAGAGGCUAGACGCCUUGUUGGAGCGAAAGCAGCGGGAGUUGGAAGCUGUCGAGGAGGAGCAUGACCGGGAACUGGCUGCUAUUGACCAGGUUUUUGGCCACAAGGAGAAGGCACUCAACGAAAUUUUCCAAAGCAAGCGCCUCGCGCUGGAGUUGCACUGGUACCGAUACGCAACGUACGAACAAGAGAGGAAAGAAAAGAGCACGGGGCUGAAAUUUCCACCUUUACCACCAGUGACAGUUGAGUGA